AUGACAUCGUUCGGUGCAACAAAAAUUAUAUGUGACAAUUACAUGCCAACGUUCAAAGUGCAAGGGCAAAUUUACCAUCGUGCUGGAUCACUUCUACCAAUGCCGGAUGCAGAUUACAAAUUUCUUCAGAUUUAUUUUAUGGGGACCAGUGAUGAACAAGUUCAUCAACGUUGUCGAUUCAAUUCCGGCACAAAUCCAGAAAUUGUUGUUGCAUUACAAAAUUUAUUCGAUCAAUACAACGAAUUAGUUCGAAUGUUCAGGACGGCACUUCAGCGAAUGCCAGCUGAUGAUUACGUAGUUGUCAUUAGAGCUGACAAAACACCACCGGGCCAACAUGAAAGACAAUACAACGCACCAACAAUUAAUGAAGUGGCGAUCGUGGUAGUUGGUGAAGAAUUUAACUCGCGUGAUAUAAUUCUUCAUCGUAGAGAUGAUGAGGAGACCAAUAAGAAAGUUAGUGCCAUGAAUUACUAUUCAUAUCGAUUAAUGAUUCGUGAGAACGCAGACAAUCACAUUUUGAAAUGUCGCCAAUUGUUUCAUCAAUACAUUGUUGAUAUGUAUGCAAAAAUCGAGACCGAGCGACUUCUCUUCAUUCGAUUGAAUCAAACCAAGCUGCGCUCAGAACAAUAUAUUCAUUUACGCGAUGCAAUUGCUAUUGAUAGCAAUCCAAAUGAAUUGGGAAAGAUAGUCAUACUGCCGAGUACAUUCACAGGAAGCCCACGGCACAUGCAUGAAUACGCACAAGAUGCAAUGACUUAUGUUCGUGCAUACGGCCGUCCAGAUUUAUUCAUCACAAUCACAUGCAAUCGUACGUGGGAUGAAAUUAAAGAACUUUUGUUGCCUGGACAAUCGUCUGCGGAUCGCCAUGACAUCAUCGCACGUGUGUUCAAACAAAAAUUGAAAUCUAUGAUGGAUUUUAUUGUUAAACAUCAUGUUUUUGGAGAGACACGCUGUUGGAUGUAUUCUAUUGAAUGGCAAAAAAGAGGAUUACCGCAUGCACAUAUUUUGAUUUGGUUGCUCGACAAAAUUAUACCAGACAAAAUUGAUGAAGUCAUCUUAGCAGAAAUACCAGAUGUCCAAAAUGAUCCAGGCUUAUUCGAAGUCGUUACCAAAAACAAUAUUCAUGGUCCAUGUGGGGCGAUCAACAACAAUUCUCCGUGCAUGAAGGAUAGAAAAUGCACGAAACGCUAUCCAAGAGACUUACACUCCGAAACUAUCACUGGAAAUGAUGGAUAUCCACAAUAUCAUCGAAGAUCAACUAAAGAUGGUGGUAAAUUGAUCACUAUAAAAGUUCGUAACAAUAAUAUUGAGGUCGAUAAUCGUUGGGUUGUGCCGUAUUCACCAUUACUUUCAGAAACGUUUAAAGCACAUAUAAAUGUCAAGUACUGCAAUUCGGUGAAAUCGAUUAAAUACAUUUGCAAAUAUGUCAACAAAGGAAGCGAUAUGGCAGUUUUUGGAGUGGAAAAUGCAUUUGCAUGGCACCAAUCGAUGAAAUCGAACGAUAUCAAUUGGGACGCUACAUUAGUAGCAAUGAAGCUGUUUGGCGUAUUUUCUCAUUUCCAAUUCAUGAACGUCAUCCAGCAGUUAUUCAUUUGGCAGUACAUCUUGAAAAUGGACAGCACGUACGAUUUGUUCGCAAGAACAUUACUUUAUUCAGAAGUGCCAAAAUACUACACAUGGAAUGCAUCAGCGAAAAAGUUUCAACGUCGUAAACAAGGCAAACCAGUUGAAGGAUAUUCGAAUUUAUAUUUAUCCAACGCGUUAGGCCGUCUGUACACAGUUCAUCUUAACAAUCAAGAAUGUUUUUACUUGCGAUUACUGUUAGUUAACGUACGUGGACCGAAAUCGUUCCAAGAACUGAAAACAGUAAAUGGUGAAUUAUGUACGACCUAUCGAGAAGCUUGCCAAAAAUUGAAUCUUCUUGAAAACGAUGCACAUUGGGACACAACACUCGAUGAUGCAUCGAAUACUGCUCAACCACAGCAAAUAC